GUUUAUUUGCUCGUUGACUUUCCAACAUGGCGGAUUAAAUGACGGUCAGGUCUGUUUUCGACUUUGUUUUUGUCACUUUUUACCUAUUUUGAGGAAAAUGUCGAACCCAGAGGCCGAGAAACGGAAAGACAGACCUCCAGAGAAAAGUUACCGGAGUCCCGGUCUGAGAGGAGCCAAAACCAGCACCUUAUUCCGAGCCAUUAAUCCAGAACUGUUCAUCAAACCUAAUAAGCCGGUGAUGGCCUUUGGACUGAUCUCCAUCACGCUGUGUGUGGGCUACCUGGGCUACCUGCACGCCAUGAAAGAAAAUGACCAGCAGCUCUACGAGGCCAUUGACGGCGAUGGACAGAGACAGAUGAGGAGAAAGACGUCCAGGUGGGACUGACAGUGAGACACGGAGACCACCAGACACGUGUGAUGGCACAAUUCCUUAACGCCCCUGUGAGGUCAUCUGACCUGGGAGAGUCAGAGGUCAUGUACUGUGUUGAAAGCAAAAUCUGUCUGAAGGAAACAGAUUUUGGAGACAUUUUGUCAAACGUUUUUCGAGCAGUGGAUUUCGCCGCCGUCCAUCUGAUGAGAACAGACAUGUUCCGAUGUUUAUUCCCUGUUUGAUGUUUGUUUGUUGAUGUUUCUCACAAACUCUUCUCCGUCGUCUCACCAUCAGAUCUCGUCUCUACGUCUUUUUGGAACACUCGGCUGUCAGAGGACCAGAUGACACCAACAUUAUUUUGAUUAAUUUAUUUCAUGUGGAUCUGAUUAGAGAUCCUCUUGUUGUGAAUAAAAUGUCAGAUAAUGAAGAAAA